AUGGAGCCGGACAUAAAUCUAUCAGAAGUAAUGCACGACAACUGGCUUCUGACCCAAAAGUACGUCUUUCGUUCGUUUCUUUUCCAAUAAACUUGUCUUCAGUGAUUCCGUCGCGAAUGAAGCUCAACAGGCGAUUACUGGCACAGACGAAGGGAAAGGAGACGACGGAGCAUUGAGGGGGCAAGAAAUCCACGUGGAACGAGAAGAAGAACUGCAGGAAGAGACGGAGGAGCUGUUCGAGCCGGAAGUUGACAUACUCGGAGAUUCUCAGGAGAGUGUGAGAGAGAUAGAACAGCCACUCAAGGUUAGGAAAAGAUUGAAACGGAAUGAAUUUAUCUUUUUCAGAAUGCCGAAGCCAUCCAACGUGCCCUAGAAGCGGGAUGUUCUGCUCCGCCCGAGAAAAGAGUGUUCGUCACCCCCGCUUACAAUCCUACUUUCACCGGUAAAUCUGAACUUGUUAAACUCUCGAUGAUAGUGGAUAAGUUUGCAGAUCUCUCGAAACCUCAGCAGCAGGUUCUCUACUAUCCAGGUAAGUCAUCACUCCGCGUUUCACGAAUUUUUAGUUUAUUUUUUUGACCGAGAAACCGAUUUCGUACUACCGCUAUAAAGCACGCUCUGUGUGAAUUCUAUCCAAUUCCCUUUGAAAAUGCCAGUUUUAUAAACACGAGCUGGCUGCCUAAUUUCUCAAAAUUCGUCGCUCUUUUCCCUUUCCGUCGCUCAUAUUUCAGUGUAUUUUUCCUCCUCUUUUUCUCUGUUUUUGAGUGCGGUCAGAAGCCGACGGAGUGAAGAAGACGCUUCUGACAAGCUCGAUACGCAGAAAAUGUUCUCUUCAUCGAAACAAACGGGGGACUAUCGAAUUUUUCCUUCUAAUUUGUUGAAAACCAAUGUUUCUCUUUCGAAAAGUCCGCAUUUUCACCGCUCUGGCACUUCUGUUCGACCGCAAAAAUUCAUUGAACAAAUGGUCUUUAGGCAGAAACAAAAAAGUGUUUGCGUGACUCAAUGGAAUUAGUCACCAUUCGCUUCCUUUAUUCUGUGACAGCAACCCGAAAGGAAAUGACUCUUUUCAUUUCAAUUCUGCUGAAUUGUAUAUUCGGCCUGAAAAAAGAACAACUCACUGAAAUCUUUCGAAGUGUACAAAUUCAAAGAACCUUUUAAACACAUCCAGUAAACUUUUCUUUCUCACUAACAAAACGUAAAACAUGCCCAUUGGUUGGCAAAAAUUUCGGAAAAUAUGAUAAUUGCCUCAAAUCCCACUCGCUCUUUCUCACUCUUCUUUUCCCGUGUUUGUCUUUCCUCCACUAUUUUCUCUUGCAUCCAGUCACAUUUAAUCAGAAAAGCGAGAGAAUUUUCAUCGGUCUUUCAGAGGAAAAGAACUUAUUAUUCUUCUUUUUUCACCCCUUCCUCUCCCUUCCAUAGUCAUUCUAUCUUUCCAUUCGUUUUCACAUCACUCCUUUUUUCCACUUCUUUCUUCAUCUCCCAAUUUUUCCACGUUCCAGGCUAUGCCAGCGCCCAAGGAUUCGCCGUCUCCUCGACGUAUCAUCAAGUAACACUGAAAAUUGAAUUUCAGACAGGAAUCACUUGAAUUUCAGCCGUUCAUGUCGAUGGUUCGGAAGCCUAAGACGGCGCAGAGUGCUCUCGCCAAUGCUCUCCAGCGUCCCUCGACGACCCAGAUGUUCGCGGCAGCUCCCGUAACUUUCGCCUACAUUCCAAGCUAUCCAUUCGGAUAUGCUCAGCCAUAUCAGAGAGCUGACGGAAUGAGUGUUAGCUAUAAUAAUUACAGAAAAUGAAACGUCUAAACCAUUUUCAGACUGAAAACAAUGGAGACGAACAACACCCACCGGGAAUACUGAUGUAGGCAGUAUUUGACAUGUUUGAUAAUUCAAUCAUUGAAUUUCAAUGGUUUCAGGAAAAGCGAGAACAAUCAACUACAUCAAUCGUCAAGUUAUGAGAAAAAAGGUAAAUUCGUAGUCGAAGUGUUCCUUUCGGAAAGUCCCUGAACAUCUCCGUAACGUUCCCUGCUCCAACUCUCAUUUCAUUCGUCCGCCCAUUCGCCGCCCGUCGCGCGUGUCUCUCUUGACGAUGAAUGGACGCUCCAUGAGCCCCAAUCUCCGUAUGCAAAUCGGUUUCUCUCUGCCGGCUCUCGAGCUCAUGGGCUUCCGGCGGCUUUUCGCAUUCGUACACAGAGAUGUGCAAGUGUAGUCAUGGAAACGAGGCAUCCAUAUGAAUUGGAAAGAAAUCGUAUUCUUCUGGAGGCAGACAAAAAUAACGGGAAGCGACUGGAAAUUGGGGCGAAAAGAAAAAUAUCGAAUGAAAAAUUCAGUCAGAAAAAAAAUUGUGCACGAAAUGUGAGCUCUUGAGUGCUCAAUAAAAUGAGACUUGAAGCAAACAAGCGUUUUGGCUCGCCAGUUUUGCUCAUUUUUCUUCUUUUUUUCCACUCUUUCUUUGCUCGCCUUCACUUUUUCGCCAGUCUUUCUCGUGUGAACAACCUUGUUCGCUUGAGAACGAACCAAUCGACUGAGUAUUUCAAGAAGGUUUGCAUUUGGAAUUUUGAUGGAAAAUUGAAGGUUGCCAAUUCCUGAAGCGCACGCCUCCUAGUAGAAGCGAGUUCUGUUCUAGCUGUUCUAGUUGCUCAGAAUAAUUUCAAAGUAAUGCUCAAUUUAUGAAACCAAAUAUAUUUAGCUGACAAAACCCCUCUGUUAUUUGAAAAAGUGACCUUUAAUUUUCUUUUUUCAAAAUCCAUUCUGCACUUUUUCCAACAAGGAAAAAGAUUUAGAAAUCGAAAAAAAAGAUGGAAAACAAGCACGAAAGUCAGCCAUUAGUCAGUUUUAUGGCCGUAUAAAAUCCAGUUUUCUUUCCCAUUUCCAUUUGCCUUUUCCAUCUUAUUUUCCAUCUCGGAUUUCUGUCUCUCUUCUCACAUCCACUCUUCUCAAAACGCACAUUGUUGCCUGAUUCACCUCACGAAAGAGUUUAUCUGCAGCCUAACGGGGCAGGUGUGAAAUGCGAAAUUGUCGAAAGAAAAGACGGCUUCUCUUUCGACUCAACGAAAAAAUUCUUUCCUUUUCUGCAUUUCUCUCUGAUUUUUUCCCACAACGAUUUUGCAGCAACUUCUUCUUCGACCGCCGUUUUUUCGUCGUCUUCUGGAGGAUGCAGUACUUCGCAAACGUCGACCACCGCAACAACCACCACUUCGGCAUUCAUCCGAAAUCACCAGAAUCGGUGCUUCGAGCUUCCAGAAAACGUGCUCGACGGAGCAGUCGAUGAGAACAGCGCAGAUGAGCACAAUGAUUCUCAGGUAAACAAUACAAUUAACAAAAAAACGUAAAAUGCUUCGAGCUUAUGGGUUCUUGUAGACAGCAUUAAUUCAGUAAACAAAUCACGUUGACCCCGUUUUCAAUAAAACAGUGGUGAAAUUUUUGAGUCAUAGUUUCCCCGUUGUUGCCUUUCUAUCGUAGGUCACGUUGUCGUUAAAGAUUUCGUCGUUUCCUAAUCUGGAAUUAUAGCCAUCCCCGCUUCCCUUUUAUAGUUGUAGUCAUCCGGGCGGCUCUUUCUUGUCCCGCUUCUCCUCUCUCUCUUCUCUCAUACGAGGAUUACUGUGGAAAGUUUUUGCAGGACGGACGACAGAGUCCAAACGAAGAGGCAGUGGCGAACAGUGAAGACGGAGACGUUAUAGACGUCAGUAUGGAAGGACACGAGAAUGGGGAGAAGCUGGCUGUGGUCGAAGAGACGGAAAACAAAGAAGUGGGGAAAGAACACGCAGCAGAGACUCACGAAGGCGAGAAUGUGACGGAGACGGUGAGAAUGACGCUAAGACGCAGAGGAGGAACGAAGAUUGCAGAGACGGGACGAAGAGGCAGCUGAAGGAGAAGUGGCAGAUAGAGGCGCCGCCGAUUCGACGACGUCUUCCGCUGUCACGAAGUAUCCGAAGAGUGAACUGGAGGCGCUGUUGAUGCAACCUGUCAAGAAACAUAUCUUUCAAGGUUUAUUUUGCAAUUUUUCGUCAAGAUGGCUACGGAUGUAACAAAAAAUUUUAAAACAUUCCCAUUCCUGCUGGGACGUCAAAAAUGCCAAUUUAUCGCUCCUGUUGUACUCGAGCCCGACUUCAGAAAAUUUAGCUUCAAUUCGCAAACAUAGACGUGGCAAGAACGUUAAAUAGAGUGUUGUGAAAUGGCAUUUUCUUUCAGGUUGCGCUCUAGAAACGUGUACGCGCUCGAAUAAUUGAAAAGUAAGAGAUGCGGGGAAACAGACAACAUGGGGUGGGAUGCGAUAGCCUGUUAAUUAAUCAAGGUUACCAGCUUUCGUUGCGAGACAGAUUCAGCUUGUAUGCUUGACCAUGAGCGUCCGUUCUUAGCUUAAAUACAUCCCCGUCUUCAGCUUGUUGACAGGAGUUUCCGUCCGUUCCCCUACCGGCCAUCUGCCGCUUUCUCCCACUAUCACUUUCCCUCUAAACCAGCAAAAAAGCGGUACAGGCAAACAAAAACAAUGUGGCGUCUUGUCGCCCGUAUACACCUGCCGCCGACUCUCCCCUUCUGCGUCUCGUUCUCUUUGCAACUGCGGGAACCGUAGUCACUACAUGGCUCCUCUCUCUGGCACCGCCCACUCGUCCGGUCGGCUUUCGGUCCCACGAAUACUUCUUGUCUCCUUCUUCUCCUUCGUCGUCUUGUCUUGGGUCGUAUCGAUCUGACCCCUGUCGGCGCUGGCCUCCUCCAUUCCGUUCAUUGCCAUCGUCGGUCGGUCGCUCGGUCGUCGCCACUUUUCCGUUGCUGCUGCUGCCGCCGUCGCCCCUGACUAGUCGGAGAGGAAAACGAAGAGGGACCUCUCUCCUUUCUCGUGUGCGUGUGUGCCCCUUUUCCCUUUCAUCGCCCGUCUAUUUCGCCCCCGGAGGCCACCGCACUCGUCGUCGUUGUCAGCGUCGUCGCCGCCACCGCCACCACUUCCCCUCCCGCCGCUUUCCCUCGUUUUCACUCCCUCUAUUCCACUUUUACCCCCCGUCUGUCCCUCUGUUUCCCUCCCACAUUCGUCCUCCCCAUUCCCUUCCCAGUCCCGUGCGUCUGCUGGUAUAGCGAGAGGAUGGGCUGUAUGUCAUCCGUUUCGCACUCGCAUUGACAGAUCCUCCCGACAGACAUCGCAAAAUGGCAUCAGUUGUGGCAGAAGCAGUGGCAGCCAUAUCCACUAUUUACAUUCAUCCCCUCCCUUUAUUGGUUUGGUGUCAAUUUCGAUUCCCGCUUUAGUUGUGGCAGUUUGCACUAGAUCACUCUUUCAUACGGUUUGAUAAUUGCUAUUUCCCGAGUUGGAGCAAUGAGUCAUUGCCGUCCUUCCGUUCCAUCCAAUUUGUAGUCUUCCGCAGUUCGUGAGACGAUGACUAAGUGCCACAUCAUCAACGAAUUUCCAUCCAAUAUACGUGAAUGGGUAGCUCCCACAUUCCCCCGUUUCCACUUGACUUCGCUUCUCCACUUCACAUCACACCUACGACUUCAGUCUUCAAAAUACUUCUGCUCACUUUUAAAUGUCCUCUCUUCAUAAGAAAGGUACAGUAUUCCUUCCAUUCAUGCAUCACCCAUCUCAUUAAAUCAAGAAAUCAAGAAUUUAUCCGCAACCCAUUAAGUCGCCCCUAGCAAGCUCAUAUUAUUAUUGCUCUAUUUGCCUGGCCCGCCUAUUCCCGUAAUUUCUAAUUACACGCCAGUUUGCCACAUCAUAAAACGGCGAACGAUUAGUGAUUCGAGUGAUUCUAUUGUCAUCCAUUACAUCACCCCGUCUCCGCCGCUCCCUUUCCUUCCGUCCGUCCCCGUCCAGUCCAUCAUUCAGUCAGUCCCUGCUUCGCUUCCCUUCCGACGACUCUUUCCCAUCAUCAUGCGUGUUGUCAAGCUCACGCCCGUCCAAGCAGCGUUUCCCGUCCCUCGUCUGAGUCUCCAGCUCUCACUCUCUCUCCAGACGAGAGCACACACUGAGGGAGGGAGUGGGAUGUAAAGUAUUCCGAAGGGAAGCGAUCCCGCAGUCCCAUCUGACGAGCGCUUUGUCAUGAACACAACUCGAGAAGACAGAGACGGAUGGAAGAUGAUCGGUGUUCACGCUUGGCGUCUUUUCCAUUCCUUCUCGACGUUUCCAAAAAGUGAAAGUGAGAAGUCGUUACCAUGCUGCUGCUGCCGGUGAGAGAUGAUGACCGUUUAUCAUCUCUCCAUCAUCACCUCUUUUUCUUUGAUAUUUCUUUGAAGACGGUCAACAUAUACAGCAUCGGCCGCUGCGCCACGCCCUUCACUUCCGUUAUGCUCUCUCGCCUUCGCCUCUUACCAUACAUUUUCUCAGACCGUGUUCCCGGUGUCUUCUCCUCCAGUUCCUUUACAAUAUUUCUAUUCUACCUUGCUUUCCGUGCCCUUCUAUAUUUUUCCGGCAUCGUCGAUCGGACGGACGGGCAAGAGGAGGGCGCGCGAUCGCCCCCUGCAGACGUCUUUCAGACCCGGGACUCUUUCUCGAGAACACGCACACGCACACCCAUCACAUUCACUCCUCCCGCCACACUCGGCUGUGUGUAUGGGAUGAGGAAAGAAAAGAGAAUGCGACUGCCCCCAUCGUACUUUUCUUGCUCUUUUUCUGCGUUUCCAUGCUAUCAUAACGUCUGAAUAAAUCCACUAAUUUCACAUUCUUGAUUUCAGAGUAUCAGCCUUCGUUUGUUCUCGCCUAUAGUACUCUCGGGACCCAGCCACAGUCUGCACAACAAUCGUCUAAGACGAUGCAGUUCUAUCAGCCACCGGCUCAGCAACAUCUUGCUCGGAGCACUCCUCCGCCCGGUUUCGCUUCAGUAAGUUCAAGAACGCUAUAUUGAAUGUAACUGAAUCCCUUUUUUUAAUUUUCAGCCGUACGGUAUGAGUAUGCGCCCACACGAAGAGGAGACCCGACAAAUCAUGAACCUGGAUAAUCAGCAAGCGCACAACUCCUCGCCAACCUCAUCGUGGUAAGUCGUUUAUGCAUAACGGGGGAGAAGCGGGAAUAUGCUGAUUCGGUUAGGUCGAAAAUCGGACGAAAUUAAGUGCACCGCCGGUGCGGCAGUUUAUUGCUUGUGCUUCUGCACGACGACACAUUAUAAAGACCGCUGCUAAAACGGGGAGAAGGAACACAUGCGCAGUACAAGUAGAAGCGGAUCAUUAUUAUGGCAACUGGUCGGACGGGGACUGAGGCUGAUCCCCGCUGUCGGAACCGAGCGAUUAUUGAAUCCCGCGCGCCGCCGUUGUCGUCGUCGUCAUCGUCGCCGCAGCACGCUCUCGCAAACUUGUUUCGGUUUUCGAUCGACUAUACUUGUUGGUAACUGCAUAGUACGACGACAACGCGAUAGUGUAUUCGAUCAGCGGGGCGUUGAAGUUUCUAUUGAUGCCACGUCACUGUGCAAAUCGGAAACAGCGUAACAGAAUCGAUGCUCGUAAGCCGAGCGAGCGUAUCCAAUUUGUUUCCCGCACCUAUCUGACCAGUAACUAAUUCCAUCUGUGUUGUUCCAUUCUCCGGCUCGUCAGCUGCCGUCGCUGCUAAUUGAAUCAAAAGGUGCGUGUGGUUGCGUGUUUCUGCUGUGCGCAAUUCACCCAUCACCGCCGUCGCCAUCACUCUGAAUACCAUGUAGGAAACGCGGGAAACGGGCCGUUGCGCUCCCCUUGAAUGAGGGGCAGACAGAGAGUGAGGAUACCCAGAGAGAAGAGAAGCCUCCGGAAAUAGUAUGGAGGCGCAGGCAAUGCAUGACUGAAUGGGCGGCUGGAGCAAUUGCGGUUGUUGAGGCGGACGGACGGACGGACGUGCGGGAGGCUGUGUGUGGCAGGGCUCUACACAGAAAGAGCCAGUCAAAGUAAGAGGGAAACGAGAAACCUCUCUCUCUUUUUCGCCCUCGUUCUCUUCUCUAUUCGCUUGUUUCGAUAGGGACUCUCUGCUGCGUCUAAAGUGCCUGAGGGUCCUGACAAGAAGAGGAGACGGCAAUAUGUAUGUCCAUUGGGGGCUUCUCUUGUGAAGAUGGGAAGACUCUUGGGGAGUGGAAAGAAGGAUGAAAAGGGCACUGUGGAAGGGAGAUGGAUGGCUGAUAGUUCCGGAGACAUGAGAAAAAAACAAAAUGCGUUUCUACUGUAGGAAUGUCGGAAUGACAGUCAAAAUCUGAUUUCCGUUUUUUAGUUAAAUACAAGAGGAAUAGAGACAUAUAUAAACUCAAUCGUUUGCAGGAACCAGCCGUACCCACAGAUGACAAAUCUGAAUGCCUACCAACCACGUGCUCAGUCCCUUUAUGCACCUCAAGGACCUCCACCAAUGGUUCAUCAGAACGGACCUCCAGGAGUGGUUCCUCCUUCUAAUCCGUACUAUCAGCAACCACCCGUUCCACCCCAUCAUCACAUGCAGCCGCAAGCACCGAUGAUGGCACCUGGUAUGCACGGGCAACAGCAACAGCCGUACUACAACACGCAGUCGCCACUAACUGGUGAGUAAACGAUCUGAAUAGCACCAAUUAUAUAAAAACUGUUUGUAGGAACUCCUCCUUCGAUGAAUUACGGAACUCCACAAAUGCCAGCUCCGCAAACAGCUAAUGGCAACGCUCCGAUUUUCAAUUUUUCGAAACCGAGAAACUCGAAUGAAGGGUCCGCAGGAAACGGAGGAGGACAUCGGAGAAAGAAGCAGAACGAAUUGGUGAGAAUUUUAUUUGAAUAAAGCUAUGUUAUCAGCUGCUUUUUCCAGAGCUCUCCUCGCUACAAUAACAAUAGUGAAGACGUGGAUGCAUCAGUCUUCCCUGACAUGGCCGAUUUCCCAUUGCUUGAUGUCGUUCAGUCUAAAGCAAAGAAGGACGCCGGACGGAAACCAUGUCGGCCGCAUCUCUGCGAGCAGUCCCGAAUGCUCAUAUCGCGUGUCUGUCAUUUCCAAAGAGAGUUUAUCAAGAGGUGAGACAUCUCCUUGGCCUUCAUUUGGGACCCUUCCCCAUCAGUGCUCCAGAAUGCCGACGUGCAGUAGUCAUCCGGGGGCAGUCAUGUGGCGAAUCGUUGGCGUUGCCCGCGCGUCUUGAGCACGGCUCGUCGAGCUCUGGUCUGUGUGCAUGCGGGCGCACGAGUGAGUAUGUAUGUGCUCCGCGAGCACAAACGAGCUGCAUUUGUCGUCGUCAGCCGGCCUUCAUCGUCUUGGCGUGUCCGCCGAAGCCCAUCGGUUCUCGCGCACACUCCACUUUCUUUGAGCUCUCUCGAGAAGCGCCUCUCGUGCCGCCCGAUUGGUUUCAGUGUCCCCGGGCUGUCUGCGUUUCCCUCUCCUGAGCCUCUCUCCAUCGUGUGUUUCCCUCUCCCCGAUGGCUCAUCGUCGUCAACGUCUUCGACUGCCGUAGUCGUUGUCGGACGUCCUAUCGGAGUUUUUAGAUGAUGACGAUGAUUAGGGAUGGCGAUGGAAGGAAACGAUUGCAGAAAAGAAGGGGCGAGCAUUUGAAGAUGCCGCCAAAUGCCGCUAGCUUUCUCAAGCUACAGUAUGGCGGUUAUGGGAUAGUGCACGCAGUUCUCACGGUUAACGAGAGACGGUGCUAUGCAUAAUAUUCUCCGGCGCUUUGUUUCUUCUCGAAAAGAAAACGUGAGGGAAGCGGUUCUCGCUGGGCCUGAAUGUACGAGACGGAAAGCGCUUGAUUAUGUCCACAUAUACAAAUACACUCCGUCGGCACUAACGGCGCUCGGAGCACGUACGAGGGAAUCUAUAAACACUCACAUGCAUUAUGCUAACUGAAUACACCCGAAGAUACGUAUAAACCCUAUUUAUUUUUCAGACUUCCUGCACGUCAUCCGUUAGCAAGUUCUCCGUUCUCCAAGCCCGACCAAUGGACAUCGCAAAUGAUGGGAAUCUCCUUGGCAACUGUCCGCAAAUGUGUCGAUAUGGCUGUCGACGAGGAAGUAUUCACUAGAUGCACCGACAAGAAUCUUGUCAAUCUGACUGUGAGCAGUUCCACGUUCAAUCGGUCAUCAACUGUGUUUUUUUCAGCCUUCUGAGCGUGCCGAAAGGGAAGAACUUCUCUCGAAGUUGUCGACAGUUUUCGAGGACGAAAAGUCAUUGGGGGCUGGAACUGCGGGACUGACUAUCGCCGAGUACUCUCCAAGACGCUCUUAUUCCAACACUCUUCUCCGUCAAUCGACCGAUGAUAAGUCGUCGAAUUCGUCGUACGCCAUGAAUGGAGCCGAGUUCGGAAGCAGCGAGACAACUCUUCUGAACCUGGACGAUCAUUCGAACAGCUCGAAGGACUUUGGAACGACUCCAACUCCGUCAAUGGAUCUCAACAACGGAGGACCAGUGUUCGAAGAACUCGGAACAAUUGGAGUCAGCAACGAAGGAGACAAGGAUUUGGUGCCCAAAGUAGAGACUCCGAAGAGAGGAAGACCUCGCAAAGCACCAGGUGCUCCGACGACCAAAAACAGCAAAAGAAAGGCAUCGAAUGAGGACAGCGAGGUAGCUGAAGACGUAAGUGGUUCAACCCUUCACGAAGUAUUCAAAAUGUCAAAUUUUAAGAAAGAUGAGCAUGACAAAAAGACUGAAGACGAGGAUGAGACGAAUGAGGAAACGGAAAAGAAGCCGGAGGAUUUGCAACCAGUGGUUCCAAUUGAAAGAGAAGAUGACGCUGCUUCUAGCGAGGCAUGAUAGCAUGUGAAGUAAACUUUUCGAACCUCAACGCGUUUCAGGGUACGAAUCGCAGUGAAUCGGCCACUCCGGAACCAGUCGCCUCUGAAGCUGCAGUUUCGCCGAAAAAAGUUCGUGCUACGAGACGCAAGAAGCGAGGAACCGCGGAACUCGACGAAGACUACACGACGGCGACCAAGAAGAAGCGAGGAUCUGUCACUUCUGCCACUGCGGGAAUCCCCCCGUUGACUCAGGUCGACGACGAAAACGCGGAGCAUAAGAUGGUGACAAGGUAGAUUCAUAGUUUUCGUUCUGUACUGGAAUGGUUCAAUUUUUAGAGCUAGAAGCCGUCAACCGUGA